AUCUUGUAUUAUCCUUGAUACUUCUAGUUGUUAUAAAAAACAUACAGGGCUAUCAAUAGCCAAGACAGGGUCAAGGCCUAAAUAAUCCUAACCCACCUAGCCCCCCUCCUCUAGUCGCUUCGAGAAGAUUACGUUGAGGUUUUCACUUUGAGUUUUCACUAAUUAUAGAUAUUGAAAUAGAUGUGUGCUUAUUGAUGAGGUAACAUGCUGAGGUAAAAAGUGAUUUAUUGCGUUGGAAUUAAUGGUUUUUCCGAAAUCGAUCCAGGUCACAGAAUAGAUUCUGUUUCCCAGUUUUGGACGCUGCGAGCACAAAACUCAUGUAAAUAUUUUGAACUUGCGGUGGCAGACAAGAAUGUUUAUUGCUGUUGCCGUUGUUGCACCCUCCUGUUGUGGCCUAGGCAUCGAUCCGCUUGUAAACAAGGGCGGUUUUUAGUUCUCAGCACUUCAAUAUGUCUGGGAAGCAACAACCAACCGAUGCAAACGGCAAGGAGAUUCAUAAGUCAAACAGUGCAAAGUGGCAAGUUCUUUAUGAGUUUGACACAGAAGAAGUUCAGCGUUUGCGACAAGAUGACAAGCGAGAGAAGAAUUGGAAAAGAUGGGGUCCUUAUCUAUCAGAGAGGCAAUGGGGUACAGUGAGAGAAGAUUAUUCACCUGAUGGAAGCUGUUGGGAAUACUUUAGUCAUGAUCAAGCAAGGUCCAGAGCCUACAGAUGGGGUGAAGAUGGUCUACUUGGAAUAACUGACAGAGAAUGUAGACUUUGUUUUGCUUUGGCUUUAUGGAAUGGCAAGGAUGCUAUUCUAAAAGAAAGGCUAUUUGGUCUCACUGGCCCCCAAGGCAAUCAUGGUGAAGAUGUGAAAGAAAACUACUACUACAUUGACUCCACACCAACCCACUCUUACAUGAAAGCUCUCUACAAGUAUCCUCAAAAUGAAUAUCCAUACAGCCAUCUGGAGAGUGGAAAUAAUGAAAAGGGAUUAGAUGGGCCAGAAUUUGAACUUGCAGAUACAGGGGUGUUCGAUGAGAGCAAAUAUUGGGAUGUGUUUGCAGAAUACGCCAAAAAUGAUGAUAAUGACAUAUUGUGUAAAAUCACGGUUGCAAACAGAGGCCCAGAAGAAGCAACCAUACAUGUGUUACCAACGCUUUGGUACAGGAACACGUGGAUAUGGGGAUGCAAACAUGAGGGGUGCACUGUAAAGCCACGAAUCGCGAGAAGUGGUCCAAAUUCUGUUUCUUGCACCCAUCAAACUCUUGACAAGUUUCGCUGCUACUGGGAUGUUGACCAGCAAGGAAAAGUUCCAGAACUUUGGUUCACGGAGAAUGAAACCAAUUCCAAGCUCUUAUUCAACACAGACAACUAUACGACGUAUGUCAAAGAUGCCUUUCACCGUUACUUGAUCAACAAUGAAAUGGAUGCCAUACAACCCAAGGAACGUGGAACGAAGGUCGCGGGUUAUUACAAGAUAACAUUGAAAGCUGGUCAAAGCCAUUCUAUUCACUGCAGGCUAAUGAAAGAUGGUCAGCAGCUAGACAAGCCUUUUGCAAACUUUGACGAUGUUUUCAAUUCUAGGAAGAAAGAAGCUGAUGCUUUCUACUCUCAUGUCUUGCCAGAAAAUGCGACAAAAGAAGAACUUUUAGUAAGCAGACAGGCAUAUGCAGGCCUUCUUUGGACUAAGCAGUUUUAUCAUUACGUCAUCAACGACUGGCUGGAAGGAGACCCUGACCAGCCAAAGCCCCCUUCUUCGCGUAACCGAAACCUCGAAUGGAGGCAUCUCUUCAGCCGUGACGUCAUUUCAAUGCCAGACAAAUGGGAAUACCCAUGGUUCGCUGCGUGGGAUUUGGCUUUUCACAUGAUCCCGUUUUCAGUGAUAGACCCUCAAUUUGCCAAAGAUCAGCUGAUGCUCUUCCUAAGGGAAUGGUACAUGGCACCAAACGGACAAAUCCCGGCCUAUGAAUUCAAUUUUAGUGACGUAAAUCCUCCGGUUCACGGUGUAGCUGCUCAUAUAUUGUACAAAAUGACGGGCAGAAAAGGAGAGAGGGAUAAUGUGUUCCUUGCUAGAGUGUUCCAGAAGCUCAUUAUGAAUUUCACAUGGUGGGUCAAUAGGAAAGAUCCUGAUGGAAAGAACAUCUUCAGCGGCGGCUUUCUUGGUCUAGAUAACAUUGGUGUAUUUGAUCGAUCUCGUCCAUUGCCAGCUGGCAUGCAAUUGGAACAGGCUGACGGAACUGCAUGGAUGGCAUUUUUUUCAAUAAUCAUGCUCGGUAUUGCUCUCGAUUUGGCAGUAGAAGAUCCUUCAUAUGAAGAUAUGGCAUCGAAGUUCUUCGAACACUUCAUCGCAAUAGUCGAUGCCAUGAACCAGUUUUCUGGCUGCGGCCUCUGGAAUGAAGAGGAUGGCUUUUACUAUGAUCAUGUAAGAUUUGGCAGCCAUUCGGUCCCACUAAAAAUCCGAUCAAUGGUCGGCCUUGUUCCCUUGUUCGCUUGUCAUGUUUUGGAAGAUGAAAUUAUUCAGAAACUUCCAGGUUUCAGAAAGAGACUGAACUGGUUCUUGAAGAACAGGCAAGAUUUAGCAUCCCAGAUUUCGUAUAUGAGUUCUGGCGCUGAGUACAAUCAUCUUCUGGCUGUCCCAUCACGUGAUCGCCUCGAGAGAGUCUUGAAGUAUAUGCUGGAUGAAGAAGAAUUCCUCUCUCCGUAUGGAAUCAGGUCGUUGUCCAAGUAUCACCAGAAGAAUCCGUAUCAUUUCAGCUGUGCAGAGUACGGGCAGGUCGGCAGUGUAGAGUACAUUCCAGCUGAAUCGAACACUUAUUUGUUUGGUGGUAACAGUAAUUGGAGAGGACCCAUCUGGUUUCCAAUGAACAUGUUGAUAAUUGAAGCUUUGGAACGUUAUGAUUAUUUCUACGGUGACUCUUUUCUUGUGGAAUGCCCAGUUGGGUCUGGAAACAAAAUGAGAUUGAAAGAUGUCUCCGUAGAACUGUCUCGUCGCCUUGGGUCGCUUUUCGUAAAGGACAACAUGGGAAAGAGGGCCUGUCAUGGGGAUGAGGCAAGAUAUAAAGAUGACAAGCACUGGAACGAUCUUGUACUUUUCUAUGAGUUUUUCGAUGCAGAGAACGGAAGGGGAUGUGGUGCAAGUCAUCAAACAGGCUGGACUGCCCUUGCAGCAACAUGCCUCGCCAAAGUAGCCAACGCAAGGCAAGACAAGCCAAAGGAUUAGAGUUCUUAGGUGGUUCCGUUUCUAUUGCAUCGUUGUGAGCACACGUGGGGAUACAAUACUUGUCAUCAACAAACUUGAUUCAAUUUGUAGACAUAUAUUUAAAAACCAAUUAAUGAAAUCUGGACGACAAUCGACAAUCGAUAUUUUAUAUUUUUGCACCGCACAGUUUUUAACACUUGAUCUGAAAAUAAUAUUUUUGCAAAGUAUGAAUAUAUAAUUGUUUUUAGUUUAGUCUUUGUCUAACAACAUUGUUUUUGUCUUUUUUAUAAAAACAAAAAUCUAAUAACGUUAAAAUUUGAAACAAUUCAAGUGUCGUAGAUUGUACUCUCGACAUGUUUUGUUCUAUACAAUUUUAUAUUUCGAACCACGACUAUGUUAGAACAGAGCUUGUUCUUGCAGCAAAAAAUUACCUAUUUUUGCAGAUGUUUUUACGCCAUGAAUUGAAUCUCUAGUCCCCCGAAUAUCAUUGCUUUGCAACUAUAAGGCCCUUCAUUAUGGGAUAUUUAUCUGUCAGUUUCUACUCUUUGGUCCUUGUUGCCUUUGACAGGCAUGCAGGGAACCCACUUGCUUAGUUGGUGAUGGAUUUGAGUAAAUAAAAGAAGAAACAGUUUGCUCACAGAAUUUUCUUGCGAAAUGCUUUUGGAAAGCCAUUGCAGCAUAGACGUGUAGUUAGUCCAUGCUUUGAGGGUAUGCAUGUUUUAUCCCCUGAAUAACAGAGAGUGAUCUGCCCUUAAUAUUAAAACCUUGUUCGAGUUUGAACAAAUGGUUUUGUGCGAAAUUAUCCAUUCUAUCAUAUGACUUGAUUUGGACUUGAGAGAAAUACAAAUUAACGCAUACUUGCUUUCUGCCAAUGGGGCUGACCAAAAAUAUCUCCUGCUUAAUUUUCAAAUUGUUUAUGUUUCCUGCUUGUCUGUUACAGACCCGCCAUGAUCAGCUCGGGAGGCCUACUAACAGUUUUGCUAGACUGUUUUUUGUUUCUUCGGUGCCUGAUUACUGUUCUCUUUUAUUUUUGUAAGAUUAUUAACAAAUCAAAAGAUCCCAACCAUUCAUGAAAUUAUGCUCGAAUCUCAACUCCUCCCUCCAAUCGCAAUUAACUGCCGUCUUUUCAUCGUUUUUUCUCAUCUACCAUUAUUCAAGCACUUAAGAUUAUUUCAGUAUCAUAAUUAAAAGAAAAACAUACAUUUAUUUUAUUAUUCUGUAUUUUAAAAGCACUCUAUGUUUUAACCAUUAUAUAUUUAUGAAGCUCACUGAAUGUAUGAAACAAUGUUAUUGUCUUCCUUUGUCUUGUAAUCCUUUUCAUUUCGAAGAAUAUAAUAAUUCCCGUAUAUUUGAGUGUCGCAAAUUCCAAACAUGACAAUAACCUGUUUUAAUUUGCAGGUGUUGAUUUUGCUUGGAAGCCCUGACUUAGGAGAAGCUUUGUUGCUUCAAUUUGAAGCUUUAUUUCCGAAAAGAAAUCGCAAGGCCUGUGGUUCUUGUCAAGUUUCAAAAAAUUGAAUUGCUGGCUUGCCAAAAUGUCUAUGACCCUAAAUUUUUGCAUGAAGCCCAUACAACGCAUCCAUAUUUGCUACAGUAAUCUUAACAGAUGUUUUGUAAUUGUUAUGUUCACUAUCUUUCACAAUUGUUAUGUUCACAAUCUAUUUUUUAAGAAUUAGUGACUGGGGGUCGGAGUGAAAGUAUGGUGGGCGGAAAAAUUUUCAAAAAUCAAUUAGUGGGGGGGGGGCAAUUACUUGAGAGUAUUUUACUUCUGCGAAGCAGCAUUUUCAGAUGUUCGAUUCCCCCGUGCCCCGUUGUGUUGUUGUUUGGAGAUUAAAUUAAAGAUGGCAGAUCUUUCCUAGUGACAAUGCAGCAACGACAAUUGUCAGGCGAAGAAAUCCAAUAAAAUGCUUAUCUGUGUCCAUUGCCGAUGGUGCUGAGAAUAUAAGGACGAGAGCUUCACUAGUUUCGGGAACGACACAGCUGUCAGAAUUUCUGGAGGAAAAUGAUUCGGCUAUUGUUGAAAGGAAUUUACUGUAGGUAGCCUUCAUACAUGUCCAGCAGGAAGAUUUGUGUCUAAUGUAAAGCGUCUUUAGAGAAAAUGGUUUUAACAAAGGAAUACAGAAUUCCCCUUCCACUCACAGUUGAGGAAUACAGAAUUGCGCAACUUUAUACAAUAAUG